GUGCUGUCACGGUGAGAGAACAGCUUCCGACUGACAGCCAAAGAGACUGCGGUGUCAGUCUACAACCAGAAAGAAUGGUUGGCAAACCAAAGACUAAAGAUGCCUUUAUUGGACAUCAAUGUGUUUAUAACUCAGGGGAUGAAGAUGAGGAGGGCAAAAGAAAAGAAAAAACUGACGGAAAAAAAGCUGAAUAUGAAAAUACCUCCUCUUCACCAAAUGACUCAGAGCACUUUGCUUGGAACACACCUAAGGGUGGACUUUGCACAGAUACACAAGCUGCUUCCACGAAAGAAAGGAGAAGGAAGCAGAAUAAACACAGAGCGCCGCAGACAGGAAGUUGUGCUGACUUUAGUCCCGAUUCUGUUGAUGAUCCAAAGAAACCCCACGUUCCCUUAAAUCCCAUGAAAGACAACUGGUCAAAGGAGACAGCAGACAGUUCUAAAACUAAAGCAGGUCAUGAUGCAAGUGACAACAUUUCAUCAGGGUUUCGGCAGAGGAAGUCUGACAUGGACAAAGUUGAAUCUGGUUCACAGAUUGAAGGGUACAGCAGGCCCAGUGAUGUCAAAAGUCCAAGAUUUUGCAAUUCUAACAAAAGUAUACCAGACAACCUCAAUACAGUGGUGGCAAUGAACCCAGAUCUGGAUCAACAACAAGAACUGCUUGAUAACAGACCAUUACCUGAUACUCAAAAGAUAAUAACAGACAUUAAUGACAACAACAUCAACACGACUCCACUUCCUUACACCUCCUCAACCUGUUCCUCAGCACCUUUUGCUUCAGGAGAGCCACCGGAUGGUCUAUCCACACCCAUUCAAGAAUCCCAACCCGUCCUCUCGGCUCAAGAACAAUCUUCACCACCCACGCAUCAAACCACCCCUGCCCUUUACUCCACUUCCACAGCGACACAGCCGUCCCCUGAGUCUGGAUUUCCCCGAAACAACCUCCAAGAUUUUACUGACGUCUUUUCAACUACAAGCAUCACUUCACCUUCACUGUCCACUGCCAUGCCUUUGAUUCUGUCCCAAGCUACCCAGGAGACAGGAACUCUGGACGUAGUAUGUGUUCCUGAGUCUCCUUCUCAUUCAUAUUCUUCACAAUCUCAGACCAGUGUCAGCAUGCAGUCCCAUAAACAAAGCAAGCAAGGUCAGGCUGGGGUCAGCAAAGACCGGUGCAGAGGUACUUUUGUGGCUGAAGAGGAGACGGACAGUAAGGAUGAUGGUGGAAAGCACCAACAGGGUCACAGAUCCCGGAGCAGGGGAGCUGCCGGACCAUUGCAGAAGGAGUCCUCUUCAGCCAAUCACCAAGAAAUCCAGCCCUACUCCACCCAACAACUGACUGACAGACAGUCAGGCUGUCCAAUCAGCCGCAACAUUUUGGAGGAGACUGACCUGUCUGGUAAAAACAACUGUUCCAUGUUGGCGUCCUACAAUGAGUCUGAAAGUGAAGGAUCAGUACCAGACCUCGAGGAGCUGGAGCCACUGCGUCCCUUAGAACCACAGUCCAUCUCCUCUGCAGAUGAAGGGCUGAACAGACCCAAACAGAGCCGCAGUGAGAAGAAGGCCCGCAAGGCCAUGUCUAAACUGGGUCUGAAGCCGGUCCACGGUGUGACCAGAAUCACCAUCAGGAAGUCCAAAAGUAUCUUAUUUGUCAUCAGCAGACCGGAUGUAUUCAAAAGCCCCAUGUCAGACAUUUAUAUUGUGUUUGGUGAGGCAAAGAUUGAGGACUUGUCUCAGCAAGCUCACAAAGCAGCUGCAGAGAAAUUUAAGGUGCCUGUGUCCUCCUCUCCGUUAGCCCCAUCGGCCCCACCCAGUCUCACCAUCAAGGAGGAGAGCGAAGAGGAAGACGAGGAGGUGGAUGAUGGGGGUCUGGAGCAGAGAGACAUCGAGCUGGUGAUGGCUCAGGCCAACGUGUCCCGAGCCAAGGCUGUCCGCGCGCUGAAACACAACAAGAACGACAUUGUGAAUGCUAUCAUGGAGCUGACCAUGUGAGUGAGGACCGAGGACAGUCUGAACCCUGACUCCCUCCUUCCAGCCUUUCUAAAGCCUAAACUCUGUGUAUUCUUCUGUAUCGCUGCUGCUGUAAGUUGCAUCCCCAAAUAUCUGCUAAAUAAAGUCUGUUCCAGCGUGACCGAA